ACAACUUCAACUCAGGUGUAAGAACCAACUUAGUUUCUUUCAGAAGAUGAAGCCUGCAGUGUUUUCCUCACAGCUUGGGAACAACAGCAAUGACUCGGGGCCUUGCGUAGGAGAGAACCAGCAUGCAUCCAUCACCGUCUUCCUAUGCCUGGUCUUCUUCCUGGGCUUCCUCCUCAACACCUUCAGCAUUUGGGUCUUCUGCUGCCGCUUGCCUUGCUGGACCUCUGGAACCAUGCUGCAGUUCCACCUGGCCAUUAGCGAUGCCAUCGCCACCCCAGUCACUCCCAUGAUGGCAGUGUACUUUGCCAUGGGCAAUGACUGGACCUUUGGUCGGUUUCUGUGCCAAGUCAAGAUUGCCCUGCUGAGUGUGCAUUUCUACGGCAGCACCAUAUUCCUCACUCUCAUCAGCGUCCAUCGGUACACUGCCGUGGUGCACUUUAACAAAACCUCCUGCAUGAAAAGGAAGGGGUUCAUCAGAAAGCUGUGUGCAGGAGUUUGGUCUCUGCUGGUGAUCCAGGCUCUGAUCUAUGCCCUCAUGCUCCCUUCAAGUAAAGAGGGCAGUAACGGUCAAUGCCUUUCCAUCCACCAGAAAAAUCUGACAAAUGUCUACUUUGUCAUUAACUUUUUCCUGUUCAUUUUUGGGUUCCUACUCCCUUUCUCUGUGUCAGCUGUUUGCUAUAGCCGUCUGGCGAACACUUUAACUCGCCUCAACAUCAGCACAGCUAAAGGUCUAAAAGUCAAGCUGAAAUCUCAGAGGAUGAUAGGCAUGUGCCUGGUGAUAUUUGGGCUGUGCUUCUUGCCUCUUAAUGUUGUACGGACUGUGGGAGUGGUACUAAAAAAGUUCUUCCCCCAACACUGCCAUGCUCUUCUGCAGAUUGAGACGGCAUAUUAUGCAUCCGUGAUUUUAGCAGGAGUGAACGGCUGCCUGGAUCCAUUGUUGUACUGUUUUGGUUCGCAGAAUUUUCGAGAUGCAUUUCAGUCUUUGAGGAUUGGACAGAAAGAUACUCAGAAUAGAAGCGAUUCAGAAAUGACUGUAAAUCAGUAAUGUGGAGUCAUUGGGUUUGACAUAAACUGGAAGCACAUAAGUAAAUGUUGGUGGAAAGACUCUGUUGUCAUCAGUGAAAACUAGUGAACUCUCAGCUGAAAACCUGAGUUGGUUGGUUGGUGGAGCAGGCAGGAGAAAAGGUUUUCCCUGCAGGUUUUACAGACUAACACCCUCAAACUGUAGCAUUACCUCCAUCAUAUACCUGUCUUUUAUUUAUUUUCCCAUUAUUUCUUCAUUUCACAUGAACAUCUCACAUAAAUAUACAGUAUGUCUUUUCUGCUUAAACACUACUUGACUACUAUUAGAAUUCUGCCUUAAUUUGAUACCUGAACAAGACCCAUAUGCCCAUACAGUCUUCUUCGUUUUCCCCCUUGGUAUAGUUCAUUUGGGCAGAUCUGAAAACAGUAAACAAUCGCACUGACACCCUCCAGAUUCCCUUUAGAAGUGGUCUCAUUCUGGUUGAAUGGGGGGAACGUGAUGUGACCUUGAUUAGACCCAGUGAUAAGGCAUGCUCUGUAAGUUUGAGCUAAAUGGCUCCGGUAGUCAGGUAAGCUUCACAUUCUGGGAUGUGAACAAGCGAAAUCAACAGUUGCUAGCAGCUAGCUGGAGAAUGAAUAGACAUGGGACCUGGACUAUCAACAAAGUGUGUUGCCUUCUUGAUAUUUGGUCACAGGACUUUCUUUUCUUUUUCCUGUGUUUAUGUUCUGACUCCUGUCCCCCAACACAUCUAACCAAUGAGCAGAGUGAAUAUUCUCACAUGGCUUUUAGUGAUGAAGUUUGGUUUGCUUGAAUGUUUUUUCUGUGUGAAAAGAAAUUGAACCAUGGGAAAAACACAAGUUUACCAGCUCAUCCACUGAUUUGGACCAUAGCAAACAAACACCCCAAAAUCCAACCCUGCUUCUGAAGCUUUACACAACAAUAAGCUGACCUAACGCACAAUACCCAGUAGCAGAACUCUUAAUUCCUACUGAUGUUCUACUGUUGCCUUGAUUUUCCUAACUGUGGAUUUGAGCUUAAUCUAAGUGCUUUCAAUAAGUGUAUAAUAAAUCUAGUAGCAUUGUAGAAUUACAUUGUC